UUGUGCCAGAGAGAGAGAAAGAGAGAAAAAAAAAACUUCGACAAGACAAAGGCACAACCGCAGAAACCAAAACAACACUGAUCAGUUCUUUUAGUGCAUAUCUUGUUUUCUCUCUCAUCUUCUUGAAUCUUUUUCUGCUCAAACACUCACUUGAACAAUCCAUUUGUCUGAUCAACCCUUUCUGCCUUUGAUUUUCUGUCUUUUCCCUUUACGGAUGAUGAUGAUGCAGAGCUUUCAAAUAUCUUGAUUUCUUCACCAACUUAAUUGUCCCCUUAUUUAUUACUACUCUCUUCCCCCACCCCUUUCUUCUGCUUUGCUUGCUUGCUUGCUAGCCACUCCGAUUCAUCAAAAAAAUCUCAAAAAGCUAAAGCCUUUGAUCCUAAUAUGCAAGACCCUUCUUCAUCUUUCCCUCAAAUCAGACCACCACCAUUUCCAGAGCACCAACACUUGAAAUGCCCUCGUUGCGAUUCAAUGAACACCAAGUUCUGUUAUUACAACAAUUACAAUCUCUCUCAACCACGACAUUUCUGCAAGAGUUGCCGUCGUUAUUGGACCAAAGGAGGCAUUCUUCGUAACAUUCCCGUCGGCGGCGGAACACGUAAGAACAACAACAACAACAACGCCGCCAAACAACGUCUUUCCAACAAGAAAAACUCAUCAUCAUCGUCUUCUAACGUUCUUCCUCCUUCCCCGCCGCCAGUCGUGGCCGUGCGGGAAUCUUUCCCCACGUUUUUCGGCAACGAAAUGCAAACGUUGGAUACUUGCGGGAGUUUCAGCCCCUUGUUGACGUCCGAUUAUCAAUUCGGCAAUUUGCUCUGUUCGAACGGAGUGGCGGCGGCGGCAGAUGAGAUGAGAGAUUUAGAGGCGGAGUUGAAUUUACAAGGCGGCGGUGGUGGUGGAGAUUUUAGUGGUACUAAUUGGCCCGACCUUUCAAUUUACACUCCAGGUUCUACUUAUCUGUAACAUUAAAUUAAUUAAUUAAUUAAUUAAUUGAUGUUGUUUUCAUGUUUACGAAGAAUCUCAAUUAUACAUAAUACCACUAUUUAUAUGUAUCUAUUGAAAUUAGUUCGUGUGAUUUGUAACAUGAUUGGCUUUUUUUUUCUUA